AAACAGUUUAUUCUUAUGAGUACUUAAACAUCUCUAUCUUAUUUAUACAACUAAUUUGCUUUGUAAACGCCUUUCUUUCACAAUAGUGCAAAGAUAAAUUUUAAUGGACUUCAGAUCCAAUUAGCGAAAUUCUACAUGAAUGACUUCACAGUAUUUAAAUAGAAGAAAAAGCAUCCCUGUAUGUGCAUAGUUAUGAUGGUGAUUUUUGUAAUGAUAUUUUCAGACUAUUACAUGAAGAAACUUCUUACAAUUCAGCUGAAAGUCAGGGGUUGAAAUACUUUAGAAGAUGGCAGGAAUGAUAUUCAGAGACAACUCCAGUCUCUCCUAUUAUUGAUAGUCCCACCAACUACCUUCACUUUCUAUUUUUCAUUGGAUUUUUCUUUGUUUUCUAUUGAAAGCUAACACCUUUCUUUUCAUUUGUCUUCUCAUGAAGUUCUGAUAUAAACUGUUUUCUUGUGGGGUUUUUUCCCUUUUUUCUCUAAACGCACUGCAAUCACCUGGCCUGCAGUUUUCACCAUGUUGGCGCCUUUCUUCCCUCUCUCCAGGUGAUGGCUGUGCCACCUGCCCCUCUGCAGCUGCUGGGAGUGCUGCUUACCAUUUCCCUGGGCUCCAUCAGGCUCAUUCAGGCCGGCGCCUACUAUGGGAUCAAGCCGCUGCCUCAGAUUCCUCAGAUCCAACCGCAGAUUCCACAGUACCAACCCCUGGGCCAGCAAGUACCUCACAUGCCUUUGAGCAAAGAUGGCCUUACCAUGGGCAAGGAGCUUCCCCAUAUGCAGUAUGGCAAAGAGUAUCCACAUCUGCCCCAAUAUAUGAAGGAAAUUCAGCCGAUGCCAAGGAUGGGCAAGGAGGCAGCUCCCAAGAAAGGCAAAGUAGAAGUACCGGUAGCCAGUUUACGAGGGGAACAAGGUCCUCGUGGAGAGCCUGGCCCAAGAGGACCACCUGGGCCCCCCGGUUUACCAGGUCAUGGGAUACCUGGAAUCAAAGGAAAACCAGGGCCACAGGGAUAUCCAGGAAUUGGAAAGCCAGGUAUGCCUGGAAUGCCAGGAAAGCCAGGAGCCAUGGGAAUGCCAGGGGCAAAAGGUGAAAUUGGACCCAAAGGGGAGAUGGGGCCCAAGGGGAUCCCAGGACCACAAGGACCUCCAGGGCCUCACGGACUUCCUGGUAUUGGGAAGCCAGGUGGACCUGGGUUACCAGGGCAACCAGGUCCAAAGGGUGAGAGAGGACUCAAAGGACCACCAGGACCUCCAGGCCUUCAGGGCCCUAAAGGAGAGAAGGGCUUCGGGAUGCCAGGUCUGCCCGGCCUGAAGGGUCCUCCAGGGAUGAAUGGCCCCCCAGGCCCUGUCGGGCUUCCAGGAGUGGGCAAACCAGGAGUGACGGGCUUCCCUGGGCCCCAGGGCCCCCUGGGAAAGCCAGGUCCUCCAGGUGAACCUGGGCCACAGGGCCCUAUUGGGAUACCAGGGGUUCAAGGACCUCCCGGGAUUCCUGGAGUUGGAAAACCAGGCCAGGAUGGGAUCCCUGGCCAGCCAGGAUUUCCAGGUGGCAAAGGGGAGCAAGGACUGCCAGGGCUGCCAGGACCGCCAGGCCUGCCAGGUAUCGGGAAACCAGGCUUUCCAGGACCCAAAGGUGACAAGGGCAUAGGGGGUGUUCCUGGGGCUCUGGGACCAAGAGGGGAGAAAGGACCAAUAGGUGCCCCUGGACUGGGGGGUCCCCCAGGAGAGCCAGGCCUGCCUGGAAUCCCAGGUCCUAUGGGCCCUCCAGGUGCUAUUGGUUUUCCUGGACCCAAAGGAGAAGGUGGGGUUGUAGGACCACAGGGGCCACCAGGUCCCAAGGGUGAGCCAGGGCUUCAAGGCUUCCCAGGAAAGCCAGGUUUCCUUGGUGAAGUGGGUCCCCCUGGUAUAAGAGGUUUGCCAGGUCCCAUAGGGCCCAAGGGGGAAGCUGGGCAUAAAGGGUUGCCAGGGCUCCCCGGUGCUCCAGGACUGCUUGGACCAAAGGGAGAACCAGGAAUCCCAGGGGAUCAGGGUUUACAGGGCCCCCCAGGCAUCCCCGGUAUUGCAGGCCCUAGUGGCCCUAUUGGACCACCUGGAAUUCCUGGCCCCAAAGGGGAACCUGGCCUCCCAGGGCCCCCUGGGUUCCCUGGAGUAGGGAAGCCCGGAGUAGCAGGACUUCAUGGCCCCCCAGGAAAGCCCGGUGCCCUGGGUCCUCAAGGCCAGCCUGGCCUUCCAGGGCCCCCAGGCCCUCCCGGCCCCCCAGGCCCCCCAGCUGUGAUGCCCCCUACACCACCUCCCCAUGGAGAAUACCUGCCAGAUAUGGGGCUGGGAAUUGAUGGCGUGAAACCCCCCCAUGCCUAUGGGGGUAAGAAAGGCAAGAACGGGGGGCCAGCCUACGAGAUGCCUGCGUUUACCGCCGAGCUGACCGCACCUUUCCCGCCCGUGGGGGCCCCGGUGAAGUUUGACAAACUGCUCUACAACGGCAGACAGAACUACAACCCGCAGACGGGCAUCUUCACCUGCGAAGUCCCAGGCGUCUACUACUUUGCCUACCACGUUCACUGCAAGGGGGGCAACGUGUGGGUUGCUCUGUUCAAGAACAACGAGCCCGUGAUGUACACGUACGACGAGUACAAGAAGGGCUUCCUGGACCAGGCGUCGGGCAGCGCGGUGCUGCUGCUCAGGCCCGGGGACCGCGUGUUCCUGCAGAUGCCCUCAGAACAGGCCGCGGGGCUGUACGCCGGGCAGUACGUCCACUCCUCCUUUUCAGGGUAUUUAUUGUAUCCCAUGUAAAAAAGAAAAGAAGUGGAGAGAGAUUUAAUAGAAGAAAAGAAAGUGAUGCACCAGAAAAUCCAAAUGAAAACCGUAACUGCUUCAAAACAUUUAUAUAGUUGGAAAGUUAUAUUUAAGUGAAAAUUUGAAACAUCAUGUACAAAUAAAAGCUAAGAUGCGUGUUUGAUGCUCUGCGCAGCAUCUGGUGACAGAGAGCGAUGGGACAGAUUUGUGUAUCGAGUGCUGACACUUGUGUUGUACCCACUGGAAUCCUAUUAGCUGUUGGAUGUUAUGUGCUCCCAUGAUGCCCUGCAGAAUACCAGUCAGAAUAUUUCAGUAUGAAAGAUCAUAGCGAAUGAAAGUCACUCAUAUUGUUUACUUUUAAAUAUUUAUAACUAUGGCUUAAAGAAAGGUCAGUGCUAAUAAUUACAUACCGUAUUUACUUGCAUAAUUCCCUCUGUAUUUGUGCAGAUAUUUGGCCAUGGGAGAGGGGGGAGGAGUCCUGAGCUGGUGGGAGGGGACGGGGCUAUGGUAGGGCUUUAGCUGCAAGGGCUGUUUCUCUCCUGUCAGAGGGUGUGUACUUUAGCCUCAGAAGUCCUACUCAGAAUUGUGUGUCUAGAAGAACCAGUCAGCCAUUGUGUAUCUACUCAGUGCCUUCUCCGUGCCUCCCACUGGGUGAGACACUUCCGUGGGACAUAAGACAGUGCCCCACAAGCAGCUAACGACCAGCUGGGAGACAUGAGCAGUAAAUAACUCAUUUAUUUCUCAAGGGUUCUUUUGGUGUUUAUUUUUUUACUGCUUCACUUCUCCUUUUUCUUCCCUCUGUGUGAUUUUCACUAUGACCCAACUAAUACAAACACCUGGAAGUCAUAAGGAAAAAAAAUAACCCUCUCCUCCCGUAACUUUUCAGUUUUGUGGAAUGCUUAUUAUUAAUAGCAGUUAUUAACUCUACUUACAUACAUAUAAAAAAAAAAACUCUCCUUUGCCUCCACACACAAAUAAAAGGGAUAUCAAUAUUUUUUAGUAGCUGCUGGAUUUCAAAGAAAUUUCUCUGUAUAGUACGCAUGCAAAUCAGUGUGUCAUCUGAUGUUUCAAAGUCAACUUCCAAACAUCCAAGCCAUCCUUUUAUUUGGGAGGGAGGGCAGAUUUUCAGAAUUACAUAGGAAAAUAAUCUUUUUGAAAAAAAAAUUUCUGAAGCUUUAAAUUUAAAAGUUAAUGUACUACUUCCUGGGGUAGGUACUAAAAUUAUAGGAAAAGAACUGUUUUUCUAGAAGCAAUUUGUGGAAGAACUUCUGGAAUGUCAACGGGCAGUGAUAGCUCAUGCUUUUCAUGUCACCCCACACUCAGCACAAGGCAAGAGUCAAUAAAAGUUUAAAGGGAAAAAUAAAUAUUGUUCCAGGUUUUCACUUAGGUACAUACUAACUGCUUUUUAGCAUUCAAAUCUGGUAUCAAAACACAGACAAAGCAUUUCAACUCAGCUAUGAGUCUACUGCUAUCACUAAGCCACGGGGGGAAAUAAUGUGGGGUUACGGUGGUGGUAUCUUGUAUCUUUCCUUCUAAAUUAAGAACGAGGAGUUAAGGGGAUAGUUACAGGUGGGAAAUGACACAAAUAAAUACGGUAUAAAUACACAUAAAAAUGUGUCUAUGUCAAAUCUGAAUCAUUUUAACUAUGAAGAAAAUUCUCAAUCUAUUAUCUAUCUUUUCCCUUUUAUAGUAUAUGAGCACCAUUUCUUCUCAAUUUCUUAAAAAGAGAAAUGAGUUCAUCAUCACAGGGUUUCUUAUUCACUGCUAAUUGUAUGACAAAAUUUAUUUUCAAAGCAGACAGCAUUUAUGUGGCCCAAUAUCCUUUGGGUUGGUCUUGAGGAUGCUGGUCUUGGCAUGAUGACUAUGGGGGCAAUGUGGGUCCAUUGGGCUCCUUCUGCUGAACAGCUGCAUUGAAAUGGCUUGGAAGCAAGUCAGAUCAGCUGAUUUGUAAAACUGUAUUUAUCUGUACAUGUAUGGGCUUUUUAUUUCCACCAAGAGAGAAAGUACCUAUUUAGUUAAAACCAAAUUUCACUUUUCAAAAUACCUUCCAACUUAUUUAUUGGUUGUUACUCAAUUGCCUAUAUAUAUAUAUAUAUGUGUGUGUGUGUGUGUGCGCGCGUGUGUGUGUGUAUGUGUGUAUAUAAUCGGGCAUAUGCUUCUAACUUUUAGAUGGUGCAGGAGCAAAAUCUAUGCCAGAUACUGUGUAUUCUACAAUGGUGCUAAUCUCAGAGCAAAUGAAUUACUCCAUUUAAUUUAAAAAAAAAGAGUUUUAAAUAAUUAUCUAUGUAUCUAUGUUUCUCUUUUGAGUAUUGCACAUCAUGUUAACACAUUAGUGUAAAACCAGAAGAAAUAACCACAAAUUCUAAAGUCUAGGGAUAGUACUACAAUCCCUAUUCAAUUCAAAACUAACUAGAACUUUUCCAUGUAAUAAAGGAAACAACUGGCAUUACUGUUAUUUAAAUACAGAGUUUUAAGCAGUAUGACAUCCCAUAAGGGGAAAGAAAUGUUUGCAGUGGGUGACUGUUCUCAAAUAUUUUACAGAAUAUCAUGUGCAGUGAACAGACUGCUAACUUUUUCGAGUUUUCAUGAUAGAUUUGAGACUUGUCAAUAGCAAAUCAUUUUUGUAUUUAAAUUUUUGUACUGAUUUGAAAAAAAAUCUUAUUAAAUAUCUUUAAAAGUA